AUGCAGGAGUCUGCCUUCUGGAAGAAAAUCAUCGCCUAUCAGAGGAAGCUGCUGAACUAUUUUGCUCGGAACUUCUACAACAUGAGAAUGCUGGCGUUGUUUGUGGCCUUCGCCAUCAACUUCAUCCUCCUCUUCUACAAGGUAAUCACAACCUGCAGCAGUGUGCGGUGGGACCCCGUGACGGAGGGUAGUGACACCCAGGAGCCUCAAAACCCCCAGCAGGAACCUGUGUUUGUCCACUUUGUGCUGGAGGAGAGCACCGGAUACAUGGAGCCCACCCUGCGUAUCCUGGCCAUCCUACACACUGUCAUCUCCUUCUGCUGCAUCAUAGGUUACUACUGCCUUAAGGUCCCGUUGGUGAUCUUCAAGCGUGAGAAGGAGGUGGCGAGGAAGCUGGAGUUUGACGGUCUCUACAUCACAGAGCAGCCGUCGGAGGACGACAUUAAAGGCCAGUGGGACCGACUAGUGAUUAACACUGGAUCGUUUCCCAACAACUACUGGGAUAAGUUUGUGAAGAGGAAGGUGAUGGAUAAGUAUGGAGAGUUCUACGGCCAUGACCGCAUCAGUGAGCUGCUGGGUAUGGACAAGGCUGCUCUGGACUUCAGUGACGCCCACGAGAAGAAGAAACCCAAGAAAGACAGCUCGUUAGCUGCAGUAUUAAACUCUGUUGAUGUCAAGUACCAGAUCUGGAAACUAGGAGUCGUCUUCACAGACAAUUCGUUCCUGUACCUGGCCUGGUAUAUGACCAUGUCCAUCCUGGGUCACUACAACAACUUCUUCUUCGCUGCUCAUCUCCUGGACAUCGCCAUGGGCUUCAAGACCCUCCGCACCAUCCUGUCUUCUGUCACGCACAACGGCAAACAGCUGGUUCUGACAGUAGGACUACUGGCUGUGGUGGUGUAUCUCUACACCGUGGUGGCGUUCAACUUCUUCAGGAAGUUCUACAAUAGAGGGGAAGAGGGAGAGACACCGGACAUGAAGUGUGAUGACAUGCUCACAUGUUACAUGUUCCACAUGUACGUGGGCGUGCGGGCAGGAGGGGGCAUCGGUGACCAGAUCGAGGAUCCAGCUGGUGAUGAGUAUGAGAUCUACAGGAUCAUCUUUGACAUCACCUUCUUCUUCUUCGUCAUCGUCAUCCUCCUGGCCAUCAUCCAGGGUCUGAUAAUUGAUGCGUUUGGAGAACUGCGAGACCAGCAGGAGCAGGUGAAGGAGGACAUGGAGACCAAAUGCUUCAUCUGCGGAAUAGGAAACGACUACUUUGACACAGUACCUCACGGCUUCGAGACCCACACCCUGCAGGAGCACAACUUGGCCAACUAUCUAGUCUGUCAGAGACAUACGUCCCCCCUGUCUUCUCCAGUCAGUGUCCAGAGUCUGUCAGAGACAUACGUCCCCCCUCUGUCAUCUCCAGGCAGUGUCCAGAGUCUGUCAGAGACAUACGUCCCCCCUGUCAUCUCCAGUCAGUGUCCAGAGUCUGUCAGAGACAUACGUCCCCCCUCUGUCAUCUCCAGUCAGUGUCCAGAGUCUGUCAGAGACAUACGUCCCCCCUGUCUUCUCCAGUCAGUGUCCAGAGUCUGGCAGAGACAUACGUCCCCCCUGUCUUCUCCAGUCAGUGUCCAGAGUCUGGCAGAGACAUACGUCCCCCCUGUCAUCUCCAUCAGUGUCCAGAGUCUGUCAGAGACAUACGUCCCCCCUGUCAUCUCCAGUCUGUCAGAGACAUACGUCCCCCCUGUCAUCUCCAGUCUGUCAGAGACAUACGUCCCCCCUGUCAUCUCCAGUCUGUCAGAGACAUACGUCCCCCCUGUCUUCUCCAGUCAGUGUCCAGAGUCUGAGUCGUAUGUGUGGAAGAUGUACCAGGAGCGUUGCUGGGAAUUCUUCCCUGCCGGAGACUGUUUCCGCAAACAAUACGAAGACCAGCUCAACUGA